AUGAAUGUUUUCCUUUUCCUCUCGUGCAUUCUGCUAAUAAACACACUCCUCCAGAGCUGCCCGGCCAAAUGCAACGAAUUAAAUAUAAGUGGCAAGGGGAAUGUGUUAUACGAUUAUUUCUUCACCCCCAUGGUGAAGGCCCCAAAGGAUGAAGAUACGGAGCAGAAUGCCCAAGCGGGGGACAAGCACGUGUCGUACAAAACUUCGGAAGUACAAAUUAAGCAGCACGAAGACGUGCACACAGGAGGAAUGAAAAAUGUUGAUCACAAGAAGGAGCUCAAGGAGCAUAUGAAUCAGCUAAAAAUGUUACAUAAAAGAUUAAAAGGCAAAGAUGGAAAUGAAUACGGUCAGGUAAAACCAAGUGGAGGGGAAACUGUUCAUAACACUCAUGGCACACUGGGGGAUACCCAUGGUAAGGGAGAAGAAACGAGUGAAGACAGCUUGGCCAAAUAUGUGCAAGACGAAAUAAAGCACAACGAAAAAUUAAAUAAUGAAAAAAAAAGCUACGACGAAAUUAACUUACUGGAGGACAACUCAAGGAAAUUACAAAAUGAUAUUCAUAGCUGGCUCGAGUCAGUAAAUAACAUAUCAGAAAAAACGAGCAAAUUGAAAGACAUUAAAACGCAGCUGCUGAACAACAUCGCCUCGUUAAAUGAAACCCUUACAGAAGAAAUUGAAAAUAUAAAAGAAAUUAAAAAGUUGCAAAAGGAACAGAAUGAAAUAUUUUCAGAAAAUUGGCUCUACGUCCUGCCUUCCACGUCGGACAACUUAGGCAGCGAGGGGUGGGACGGCAGUGUUCAAGUGAUGAACUACUUGGAGAAGUUUAACAAGGGCAACGCUCCCCAUGUGAUGGAUGAGCACGCUAGUGGGGAACACCCAAACGGAGGGAACGUUCGUAAGACACACGCGGACACCGAUGGCGGCAUGAAGUCGUCCGACUCGUGCAGCUUCUGCAACGUCCUCAUCCUGCUCGUGAUUGCCUUUGUGCUCAGUUAG